GUCCAAGCCGGCCCGAUGGUGCUGCUGCCUGUUCUCCCCUCCAGUCCCCAGCCCGCAAGGGCCGUGGGGGAUUCUGCCGUGGGGAGCAAGCGCCCGGAUUCCAGCCUCUGGAGUCGCUGCCCCGGAGCCGGCGGAUUUGGGUGCUGGAAGAUGGGCUGCUUCUCCUUCCUGAAGAUGAUGAUGUUUGUGUUCAACGGCGUUAUAUUUCUGAGCGGCUUGGCCGUGCUGGGCAUCGGCAUCUGGGUGAAGGUGGAUGGAGGCUCCUUCAUGCAGAUCCUGGGGGCCGCCGCGCCCCAGCUGAUGCAGCUGAUCAACGUGGGGUACCUGUGCAUCGCUGUCGGCACCUUCCUGCUACUCAUGGGCUUCCUGGGCUGCUGCGGGGCCAUGAAGGAGAGCAAGUGCAUGCUGCUGCUGUUCUUUGUCAUUAUCCUGAUUCUCUUCAUCGCGGAGGUCGCGGGAGCCGUCGUCGUCCUCGCCUUCUCUUCCGUGGCUGAUAUAUUCAUUGAGCACCUGAAAAACUGGGCUGUGAAAACUUUACGAGAGGAUUACGGGAGGCAGGACGACGUGACUGCAAUCUGGGACACAACCAUGAAGGAGCUGAAGUGCUGUGGCUUCAACAACUACAAGGAUUUCAACAGCUCCUACUUCUACCAAACUCACAGCCAGACUUAUCCCACGGGCUGCUGCCUGCCGCCCAAGCGUGAGUGCCUGGAAUCUGAACUGGACGGCACCAAGCAGGGCUGCUUGCAUGCCUUCCAGACCUUCCUGAGCAGGAACGGGAGGAUCGUUGGAGGGGUGGCAUUAGGAAUCGGUGUGCUCCAGCUGGCCGCAAUGGCCGUUUCCCUGGUUCUGUAUUGUCAGAUCAGUACGAAUGGCUGAAAAACAAGAUUUCCAGCGGAAACACAAAAUGCCUCUCCUGCCGUCCAUAACUCCUCCUGCCUUUGCAUCUUCCUGAGGUUCACUGCGAGAGAAACCGAACUUUUCUUAUUAAUCACUAAUCACUAAUGUUUCCUGUUAAUCUGUAAACGCGCUGAGCGAUCAGAUGGCUGCGACGCCAAUGAGACUACAGUGAAAAGUGGGAUGGUAUCUUUUCCAUACUAUUUUUUGUGUCUGUUUCAAUGAUAAAUUCGAUCUGAUUUGUUUUUCUUGUGGGCGCAACAAGAAAUUAGCUUAAAGGUGGCAGUCUUUUAGUGAAAGCAGAGACUUGGGGGAAUCAUUACGAAUUCCAUUCAUCCCUCUGUGCUCACUACAGCUUUAAACAUGCCCGACAAUCUGAGAAACACUUAAACGAUGCACUUUUACUGAUGUAGCACAUCAUGAACUUGAAUUCGAAUGAAAUAUUUCAUGUCCCUUUUUCCUCCCCCCUUGCAUGUGUUUGGAAAAGAUCCAGUCAACAAUGUGUCAUUGGUUUUCUGCACCCGACAAUGUUUUCGCUGCCAAUGUCUUGUGUUUGUAUCAAUUAAAUAUCCCUGAUCUUUCUAUGCA